UGGGUAAAUAUAGCAUAUGUGUUCGUUGUUUGUUCGAACAUUUGUUAUAUACGAUAAAGUAACAUUACUACAAAGUGUAUACUUAUAGCACUUCCGUAUGCUUCCGUAAGGGCAAGCUUCGGAUCGCUUCGGACGGGACAAUGAACGGAGCAAUGGCUAUGGCACCAACGUCCCAGAACAGUGCGGAACCACCGAACAAGAAGCCUAGAGUCGAAGAUGUUACAGCGGAGAGACAGUACAGAAUCUGUGGCCUACGACUGAGCUGUGAUCAUGAGCGUGCGCCAAACAAAGAAAGAGAACGCUACAUUCGUUGAACAGAACAAAUCAGAGUUUUGCAAACUCCACUGACACAGCAUCUAUUGUCGAGUACCAAAUACGAUGCGUAUUUUAGAUAGAUUUGUGCGUCGCCUCAAUCUCGGAUAGUUUGCGCACAACCAUCAUUGCUCAGCCCAGAACACGAGACUAGCAGACCAAAUUGGUUAUGAUCGAAAUGCAUCAGAGUUCUUGCCAGGCCCUAUAUAUGAUCUUAACCAAAUCGGACAAGUUGUUGCUGGACCUGGAGCUAAAUAUCUUACAUUACCUGGCAUUCUAGGUGCAGGUCUCCCAAAAAUUACAUCCGAACAGCAGGAUACAGUAAAUAGAGCAAAGAAAUACGCGAUGGAACAAAGCAUCAAAAUGGUUCUAAUGAAACAGACCCUCGCGCAUCAACAGCAGCAAAUGGCUAGUCAACGGAAUCAGGUGCAGAGACAGCAGGCUCUCGCCCUCAUGUGCAGGGUAUAUGUGGGCAGCAUCAGUUUCGAAUUGAAAGAGGACACGAUCAGGCAGGCUUUCCUGCCUUUUGGUCCUAUAAAAUCGAUCAACAUGUCAUGGGAUCCUGUUACACAGAAGCACAAAGGAUUUGCAUUCGUCGAAUACGAGAUACCCGAAGCAGCACAACUUGCUUUGGAACAGAUGAAUGGUGUCAUGAUUGGUGGACGUAACAUCAAGGUAGCGGGACGUACCUAUAUAACGAAUUUCCUGUCCCCCAGCAAUCCUAUCAUCCCGCCGGAGGUUGUGGGGCGUCCGUCGAACAUGCCCCAAGCACAAUCCGUGAUAGAUGAAAUUACAGAAGAGAGUAAACAUUAUAAUCGUAUUUACAUUGCAUCCAUUCAUCAGGAUUUAACCGAGGAUGAUAUAAAAUCUGUAUUUGAAGCGUUCGGUCCUAUUACGUAUUGCAAAUUAGCGCAAGGAAGUUCGCCACACCGGCACAAAGGUUAUGGCUUUAUCGAAUACGAAACGAUGCAAGCCGCUUUGGAGGCUAUAGCGUCGAUGAAUUUGUUCGAUCUGGGUGGUCAGUACUUACGAGUAGGCAGAGCCAUUACUCCGCCAAAUGCUCUUAUGGGUCCGCCCAGUGGGACCAGUAUGAUGCCGACUGCAGCGGCAGUUGCAGCCGCCGCUGCGACAGCAAAGAUACAAGCAAUGGACGCCGUAGCUAGUAAUGCAGUUGCUCUUGGUUUAACCAAACUCGGAGCUGCUGCACCACCGAUAUUGAAUCAAGCUUUGCCUGGUAUAGUAAGACCCACACUUGCUCCCGCGACAAUUAUGGCGCCACCGACUAUAGCAACAGUAGCACCAGUCAUACCUCCACCUGGUAUAGCUAUACCACAAACUCUAACUCGACUACCGGCAAUUAUUCAACCGAUACCUGGACAACCAGUCGUUAUACCACCUCCAGCUGUCGUCACACCAACAAUAGUAGGAACUCCGGUUAUACCAGUCACGACUACGACAAACUCCGAUAUAAUGAGACGGGCGCAGGAACAAGCGGCGCACCAAAAGCAACAGGAGGAACUACAAAAAAAAUUACUGGAGGAGACAGAACCGCAAACGUUGCAACAGCAAGAGAACAUGUCGAUCAAGGGGCAGAGCGCGCGUCACCUUGUUAUGCAAAAGCUUAUGCGCAAAGUCGAGUCCCGUGUUGUUAUUUUGAGAAAUAUGGUAGCCCCGGAGGACGUGGAUGAAAGUUUACAAGAAGAAAUCCAGGACGAGUGUUCAAAGUUUGGGGUUGUAGAAAGAGUUAUUAUUUAUAAUGAACGACAAUCUGAGGACGACGAAGACGCGGAAGUUAUCGUAAAGAUUUUCGUUGAGUUCUCUCAAAUGAGCGAGGCGGAACGUGCAAGAGAUUCUUUAAAUGGCCGCUAUUUCGGUGGACGAUUGGUAAAAGGGGAACUGUACGAUCAAGCUCUAUUCGACAAUAGCGAUUUUUCUGGUUGAUCAAAAAACAUACAUUUGUCGUGCAUUGAAUUCCGUCAAUUUCUUUCGAACGAAAGAAUUUAUGUCUCAUGUUGACUGAUAUUUUGUACUUCAGCACCCGAAGUACUACUUCUUACAAACUUCAACGAUUAUAUGUCUGCCUCCUCGUUAAAAAGCCCAGACUUGAAUUUCAAUUUUUACAUCGAUCUACGUUUAAAAUCUGCAACUGUUUGUUAUUAUAAAUAUUUAAACAAUAUUUUUCGAAGACAGAAAUUUUAUUAAAGCUAAUAAAAAUACAAAAGAACGACCUUUUUCAAGAGAAGAUUCAAGUCUGAAACAGUGUAAUUAUCGAAGUUUUGUAAGAAGAUAUUCCACUUAAAUUUAGUAUUGAGGCUGUUACUUUUGUUUAUGUCGAGGAUGGUAUGAUCGAUGACAUAAAAGGAUACCAUACCUAAUGUAUGUAUAGAAACAUAGGAUAUUAAUAAAUUGUUUUAUGCAUAGACUAUACUUCAUACAAACAAUAAAUACGUAAAUUAUACAUAUAUCGUAAUACAAAUAUAUGUUACAAUAAAAUUUGUACAUAUUUAUUAGA